AUGGAUAACAUUAUUGUGUGGAAUGUGAGAGGUCUGAAUAAUACGAACAAGCAGAAAGAGAUUAGACAUUUUCUCUUAAGCAAUAAUGUUCAGUUAUUCAGCCUCCUGGAAACUAGAGUCAAGGCUUCUCAGCUUCGCUCUAUUCAGUUUAUCCAUUGUAACAUCACAACUACUAGUAAGAAGAUCAGGUUUGGGUGCACCUUUGUGUAUGCCUUUAAUGGGGUCAGUGAAAGGGUGCCUCUGUGGGAUCUCCAAGCUAUAGCAGCAGGCUGUGGGGGGGCUUGGGUGUGUAUGGGGGAUUUUAACAAUCUCCUUAACCUGGAUGAAAGGAUUGGUAUGCCAGUUAGAAUAGGGGAAGUGAAGCCUAUGAGAGACUGUUUCUCAGUGUGUAAACUGGAAGAUAUCAAGACUGCAGGUUGCUUCUUUACAUGGACCAAUAAACAAGAGGGUGAGAAUAGGGUGAUGUCAAAGAUUGAUAGAGUAGUGGCUAACCAGAACUGGGUGGAAUGUUUUGAUACUGCAGUGGCUAACUUCCUUCCUGAAGGAGCUUUUGACCAUUGUCCAGCCAUCAUUAGGACCUACAGUGCUGAUGCUACUCAUAAGCCUUUUCGUUUCUUCAAUAUGUGGUGUAAUGCUCCUGGUUUUGAGGAGUUGGUUGCAAGAGCUUGGGAGGUUCAAAUUAGAGGAUGUGCCAUGUUUAGGAUCUGUCAAAGGCUAAAAGGUUUGAAGAAGGAGUUUAGGGAGUUGAACAAGCAGGGAUUCAGUGACAUGCAUGCUAGAGAUGCUACAGCCCUUGCUGAGUUAACUGAAGCACAGAAACAACUACACUCUAACCCCCUUUGUGAUGAUCUCAAAAGAAAGGAGAUGAAAGGAAGUGUCAAAGAUGCCUUCUUAAACUUCUAUCAAACCUUGCUUGGCACAACCAUGGGAGAGAGGAAACAUGUGAACCCCACAAUUAUGGCUAUGGGCUCAUCCCUCUCUGAGGAUGAUUGGCACCUACUCAAUAGAAGCAUCACUGCAGAGGAGGUUAAGGAAGCUAUGUUCUCUAUUGGGAGUGAUAAGUCUCCUGGUAUGGAUGGCUAUGGUAGCAAGUUCUACAAGGCUACUUGGGACACAGUGGGAUAUGAUGUGGUGGAAGCUGUCCAGGACUUUUUCAAUAAUGGUAAGCUUCUGGAAAAUCUGAAUGCUACCUCAAUUACUUUGAUUCCUAAAACAAACUGUCCUGCAACUGUGAUGGAUUUUAGACCAAUAUCUUGUUGUCAUGUCAUUUACAAAUGCAUUACAAAGUUUUUGUGUUCAAGAUUACAGCCAGUGCUUCCUAAUGUCAUUUCUAAGAACCAAGGGGGUUUUAUUGAAGGGAGAAGUAUUCUCCAUAAUGUUUUGAUAUGCCAGGACUUGGAGAUGCUGCAAGCUUUGAAUUUUCCUGAACAUUUCAGGAAACUUAUUAUGGUUUGCCUCACCUCUACAAAGUAUACUUUGCUUCUCAAUGGGAGUAAUCAUGGCUAUUUUGCUGCAAAAAGGGGUCUAAGACAAGGAGAUCCCCUCUCCCCUCUUUUGUUUGUGAUCUGCAUGGAUUAUUUGUCAAGAACAAUGGCCUAUGUUGGUACACUGCACAAUUUCAAGUUCCACCCAAGGUGUUCUAGCAUGGCUCUAAACCAUCUCUGCUUUGCAGAUGAUGUGUUAGUUCUGUAA